GUUUACAUAUCUCUCGAGUGAUCCCGAGGUCGGUCGGUAUACGGUCCCUGACCGCAAAUACGCCCCAAGCGUCACGUGCAGCGCACGGUUUUCCUUUCCUCUCUCUCUCUCUUUUUUUCCGGCAAAAUUCCUAGUUCGUGUUUCGCUUCGGGUGUCGUAAACAGGGUGUACAUCAGGCGGGUUUAUCGAUCACCUGUGUGACAUUAUUAAUAUAGUUAUGCCCAUCUGUGUAGCCUCAUGGCAAACCUGAUUUUCUUCGGUGUACCUUUAUCCGUGGGAUCCGUCGACGAUUUGACGCUAUAUUUUUACAUUGCAUGCGGCAUCACCGCCGGCGCGCUUAUCUUACUUUUCACUCUGGUGAUCGUGCUAUUCGUGAAAGUAAAUCGAUUAGCCGGAGACGGGUCCAACCAACUAAACAAGCAGACGAGUAUGAUGGCAGACUUUUGUUACACCAAUCCCACAAUCGUGCCUGGAGAAUUGCUCUCUCGUCGUGGCUUUUCCAUGUACAGCGGGGCCGAUAACUUCGACGACGAUUUCGGCAAAAACAGGAACGGCCAUUAUGGAACGUAUCAUGAGGCUCGAUCGAAAUUCUGAUCGCAAUUUAAAUCUGAGAUAACCGAUCUCGUGUUAUGGUGCAAUUGAUACGCCGGCCAAUUAAUCGUUAAACCAAAUAGAGAUUAAGUAGGUAAUGUAAGGUAUCAGUUUAAAUUAUUGGAUAGAGUUAUGUUAUUAAUAUUACUUACUUCUUAACGUAUAGUCUUUCUCUGUGUAACUUAUUGCAUAAUGUAACGCGUUACAGCAUCCAAAUUUAAUAUUUCUUAUUAACUUUGUACUGUUAUAUAUAGCACAUGUUCCUUCGAUAUUAGAGAAUGUGAUCUUUCCUUGCGGCAUAAGAUAACGUUAAAAAGUUCGAUAAAGCUUGAUCAAUCUUGUAUAUAAUUAAUAAUUACAGCCGUGUAAUUUUACCGGAGACAAUUUAUAAUUUGUUUUUCAUUUAAACAUCUUCGAAUAUUCUCGAUAUUAUUAAAGUAAAAAUUAAUAGUCCUUUUAAAGAACAACAAAUACUACAAGAUAGCCUGAAUGAGAUCAAUUAUUUAUUAUAUACACUAUAUACAGGGUAUCAGAUAAUAAUUGCAUCACUUCUCAUGAAUCUCAUCAAAUUAAAUAAAAGAGAAAAGUUCUUUAUGUUUAUGAAUUUUUCAAUAAUUGCACUGAGAAAAAUUGUAAUAUUUAAAAGCAAAAUUUAUUUAUAAUGUUUUCUUUAAUAUUUAUUAUUGACCUUAAUAUUUAUUUUGAUUAUAAAAAAAUUUGAUUAAUUAUGUGUUGAAUAUAUAUUUCUACAACUAUAUUUUGUUUGUUUCAUUAAUUAGUUUUCAUUGACAAAUUGAACAAUUAUAUCUUUUAUUGAUUUAUUUGGUAGGAAUAAAAUUUUAUUUUACUGUAUUGAAGUAAAGAUUUAUUUCAGUGAAAUAAACAUUAUAUCCCACAAAUAAAUUUUUUAAUAUUUGUUUCUCUAAAUGUAAUGAGAAAUUAAUUGAUAAAGCAGAGAAUUUUUUUAAUUAAUUUAAUUCAUUCUAUUUACUCAUGAGAAGUGAUGCAAUCAUAAUAAAACAUCUUGUUUCUUGUUAUCUGAUUUACCAGCCAUUUGCGUAGAUAAUGUUGAAGGUUUACUUGAAGGUACCCGAGGAUAUCUACAGAUGUCUCCAUAUGCAUUUUGCCGCAGAGAAAAAUAUACAUGGUGCUCCGAAGUAAUAUAUUUGUCAUACUUUUCAUAAGACUAGAAACAAUUUGGGAUGCAUAAUACUUCAUGCAUUUAGAAUGCACAAUAUUUUUUAAUAGAUAAGAAAAGGAUAGUGAUAGACUUUAUGAAAUAUACUAGUCGACUCAAUAUUUUUUAAAUAGAUUCAUAAUUUCAUAAUUAUUCGUAAGAAUCCGAAUGUAUGUAUCACUGUGUAAUAUAAUAGAAAUAUUCAAAUAUGCAGUACCAAAGAUAAUUAUACUUAAAUUAAUAAAUAUAUCACAUCUACUGAAAAAUAAUUAAUUGUAUUUAUAACACAUAAAUGAAGGUAACAUUUUGAUCAAAAAUUUGAGUUAGCAUUCAUAUUGCUUAAUUUAUUAUAUUUUUUUAUAUACGUUUAACAUAUCAAUGCUGACAAUAAUUAAAUACACAAUAUGCGUAUAGACAAAAUAGGCAUUAUACUUGUAUAUUUUUGAGUGGUAUUUAGUAAAUUAACUAUAAAGUUAAAUUAAUUAUUAAGUUUAAUUAAGUCUGAAUGAAAAUAAUGAAUUAAAUAAAAUUAUAAAAUCAUGAAUAAAAAAUAAAUAAAAAUUAUACAUAAAUUUUUAAUUUAAGAAACGAUUAUAUACAUACGUAGGUAUAUAAUAUAAUUGUUAUUAUAAUUGAUUAUUUUCCAGUACAUAUGUCGAACAGAUUCUUCUA